AUGGCCCUCUCCGCUCCCAGCACCGACCCCCAAACCCUCAUCGCCCAAGAAGUAAGCCAUGAGCAAACCUUCACCACCUUCACCACCAGCACAGCCUGGACCCUAGGCACCGCCCUCCGCGAGCGCAUCCUCUCCCUCCCCCAAGGAACCCGCAAACCCGCCUUGAUCUCCAUUGCCCUCGCAACCGCCACAUCCGGCGGGGUCCCGCUACACGUCGUUUUCCAGAGCGCAACCGAGAGCGGGACGAUCCCCGAUAACGAGAACUGGGUGCGGCGCAAGCGGAACACCGUCUUGCGGUGGGGAGUGUCCAGCUGGGCGAUGAGGCAGAAGACUGUGUCGGGUCUUGCGGCUGGUGCGACGGCUGAUGAGAUUGAGGGCGCUUUUGUGAGGAAGUAUGCUAUUGCUAGUGCGAAUGGGGGUGCUGUUGCGGAUGAGUAUGCAAUUCACGGGGGUGGGUAUCCGAUUCGGGUGCGUGGGGUUGAGGGAGUUGUUGCUGUUGUUGUUGUUAGUGGGUUGAAGCAGGAGGAUGAUCAUCAGGUUGUUGCUGAGACUAUUCGGGAGGUUAUUGCGAAGGGUAAUUAG